AUGCCAUCAAAUUCAUUAAGCGAGAAGGAAACCAUCUCGUCUGUGUUAGGAGAUGAUGUUAUUGCGAUCGACAUGGGACCAAAAACCAACAUCUUUCUUUUGAAAUGUCAUUGGGAGGAAGUUGACAAAACAACUCGUACAGAAGUAAAAAUUGAAUCACCCUCUGCCAUCGUCGAUGAAAUCUCGUCCAAUAAUAAGGUAUAUCAUACAAUCGAAACUCAGAAAAGAGGAAAAUACAUUCUCGUUGACACUGGUAAAACAGGAGAUCAUUUCAAACUUAUUCAAAAACUGGAAGAAACGCUUCACAUCACUCCAAAUGAUUUGUCCCUAAUUGUUAUUACUCAUGCACAUUUCGAUCAUAGUGGUUCGUGUUGGUACCUUCAAAAGCAUUAUCCUCAUGUUCCUAUUGCUGUGCCUUAUUUGGAGGCUGACCUGUUUCGAAAAGCCAUCUCGGCACCAUCCAAACCGACCAAUUUAUUGGCAAGAUUCACGAAGAAAGUGCUCGGAGAUCGACUGGGAUGUGUCCCCUUUGAACCUGAUUUAUUAUUUAAGGGAGGAGAACGUUUAGAUGACUAUGGUGUCAAAGGACGAGUGGUUCAAAUGAAAGGACACACGGAUGGAGGUCUUGUGGUGUUAUUAGAUAAUAAGAAGGCUGCUAUUGUGAACGAUUUAAUGGCAGGAAGUCUUUUCUCGUACGGACAUCCAAAAUUUCACAAUUUUAUCGAAGAUCCGAUUGCAAUUCUUACCAAUAUGAAAUCAAUCUAUGACGAGGGACAUCAAGUCAUUAUGGUCACUCAUGGUUAUGCCUUCACAAGAGAACCUUUUGGAGAGUGGCUCAAUAAGGAAUUAGGAAUAUUAAAUAAAUAA